AUGGCUUCCCAAAGUUUGAGUUUUCCAACGGCACAUAUUACUAGUAAUAGGUUAAUUCAGAAGCUUCAUUCCAAGGUUUUGUUGUGGCCUUCACGUGCUCAUACCAAACCCAGUAGAAUUUCUUCCUCAAUUCGGGCAAUGGGUUCAUCUGCCUCUUCCCAGUCACAACAUGCGGACAGCAUAGAAUAUGAAGCAGGAACUGGUACUAUUGACUAUAAAUCCUUAAGCGAUGAAGAGUGGAAGAAGCGGCUCACGAAUGAGCAAUUCUAUAUUACUCGUCAGAAGGGAACUGAAAGAGCUUUCACUGGGGAGUACUGGAAUACUAAAACCGCAGGGAUUUACCAUUGCAUAUGUUGUGACACACCUUUAUUUGAAUCAUCUACUAAGUUCAAUAGUAGAACUGGGUGGCCAUCCUAUUACCAAACUAUAGGGAACAAUGUGAAAUCAAAGUUGGAUUUGUCAAUUAUUUUCAUGCCUCGCCAGGAGGUUCUUUGUAGUGUUUGUGAUGCGCACCUUGGACAUGUGUUUGACGAUGGUCCUCCCCCCACAGGAAAACGUUACUGUAUCAACAGUGCUGCUCUUAAGCUAAAACCAAGGCAGUAG